AUGUCAACGCUGUCGGCGUAUAUGCCCAUGGCACAGCUCAACCAAAUAGACGCUCAGUCGAAUGAGCGCCGUCGGGAUGGUCAGCCGCCUAAAGACAAAGCAGAGUCGGCAUUUGAGGGUUCUCGCAGUCCUCCAGCCAACAAGAACCUCCAACACGUACCCUGCAAGUUCUACAUGCUCGGCAAAUGCCAAGCCGGCGACCGUUGCCAGUUCUCCCACAACCUAGCUACACUCGGCACCGAACGCGCACCCUGCAAGUACUUCCAAAAAGGCAACUGCAAGUUUGGUGCGAAAUGCGCGUUGGCACAUAUCAUGCCAGACGGACGACGGGUGAAUAACGCAGCACGACUAUACCGGGGUCCGGUCGAUAUCGGGGGACGAAUGCCGGUUGAGGGAAGGGUUGGUGGGGGUGGAGGGAGUGCGUUACAAGUUGGGUUACAGAUGUAUGGAGAUCAGAUUAUGCAUCAUCCGCAUCCACAGGCAUUGCCGCUACCUAUGCAGAAUCAGUAUCAGGAGUAUGUCGAUACCACGCAGGCCACCUAUUCGUCUUCGUAUGGAGCACGAAGACCGAGUGUCAAUGCGACUGGGAGUUUUGAUGGGCUUGCGUCUUCGUUUAAUGAUUUGAAGUUAUCGUCUUCGACGCGCACGCUUGGACCGUUGGAUGCGCCGCUUCCUCCAUCGUUGGAUUCGAAUGGGAUGUCAUACUUUGCACGACAUGGGCCGAUUGCUGCGUCCGUGCCUUCGAAGUUCGGAUUCGACGUACCGAUCGGCACCCCUGGGGCAGGCAAUACGGCGGAUUAUGGAUCAAGUCCAGCUGGGACGCCGAGUGGAGGUAAGAACCUGAUCAUGAGUUUGGAGAGUGCAGAUGAGUCGGCAUUGCCACAAAGUCCUCGAUCAGCGGCUCUCCUCCCCGUUCCACAGGGUCCGGAUGUCCUCGCUCCCGCUCCCAAACGCCCGCACCUUCCCAUCUCCUCCUCUUUUCCCGCACGACGAACAUCCUUCUUCCGACUCAACGGCUUGCAAGGCGACGACUGGCUCCCACUGUCCACGGCACAGGAAAGUGAACAGGAGAAUGGAGUUGUGGAGGAAGAUGAGGAUGAGGGACACUUCACCUUCGAGGAGGAUUUCGUACCAAGUAGUUUGCAGGAGCUAUUGACGCCCCAAGAGAGGGAGAGGAGGAUGAGUCGGAACGAUGAGGAGAGACCGCGAGUGGCAUUUAGUCCGCCUGGGUCACACGCUUCGUUGGCGCCGGGUCAUGGAUCAGGGUUGGGAACUUCACCGGGGAGCACAGGCAGUUUCGGUACGAGUCCUGGGAGCUCGAGGUUUGGUGCACUUUUCCAGCGUCAUCACUCGACAGGAAAUGUAACGGACACCAGCUCGAAUCUGUCGAGUUCACCGAGUCGGGCGGUUCCUGCUGCGGGGGUGAUUGGAAGUCCGCUGAGGAGUGUGUUGGCGCAGAGUUUGAGUCGGGAACCGCAUCAUCCUAGUGCGUUACGGACGAGUGUGAGUGGGCAGGGCACGGGUUCUAGAGAGAGGGUCAAGAGUGAGGGGGAGACGGAGGACGAGCUUGAGGGUGAGGAUGAUUUGGAGGAGGAAGAUGAGGGAGAGGCGAGUGAGGUGCAGUUUGAUAUGGAUGAGUAG